GUCAUUUAAGAUCACAAUCUGUCGAGUCUUCGAUCACACAUUUUAUGCGAGUUUUGAAAAUUUAUUGAUAAACAAACAAUAUACAACCAGGUUCAAGAUUAUACACUUUCCCCAAGUUCUUUGUUUAUUUUUUCAUCUAAUAAUUCUCUCACUACCAGAGAGAGUAGUCAACUGAAGUGAGCAACAAUGGGGGAUUCAUCAGCACCACUAUUAACCCAUAUUGAAGACGAAGGUACUUCUCCUUCUUUGAGUUUCCACAAGAUCUUCGAAGAGAGCUUGUCUGGUUUCACCUUCCCACAGUUCUUACAGAUACUUCUUGUCGGGCUUGCCUUAGCCUUCGACUCGCAACAGAUAUUCAUCACCGUCUUCACAGAUGCAUAUCCCACGUGGCACUGUCUCGACCACACGGCUUGCAAUCCCUCGACCACCACCGAGAUCUGUAAACUUCCUCGGUCAGCUUGGGAAUGGGACGGCGGAUUCAAGGGUAAAUCCGCCAUUUCAGAGUUCGAACUCGAGUGCUCGAGCUCCUUCCUCAGAAGUCUCCCUACGUCUGCUUUCUACAUGGGUUCUAUCGUUGGAGGCGUUUUCAUGGCUUUGGUUCCGGAUAGUUUCUUGGGACGCAAGAAACUUCUUUUCUUCACCACCCUAGCAAUGUCACUCACUGGAAUCUCAAUCUUCUUCUCCUCCAACAUAUGGACUUACGCUUUCUUAAAGUUCGUUAUCGGAUUCGCACGUUCACAGACCGGGACGUACGCAAUCAAUCUGAUAAGUGAGCGAGUUUCCACAAAAUGGAGACCUAGAGCUACUAUGAUUCCGUUUACUCUGUUUGUCCUAGGGUUCAUGUCUCUAUCUGGAAUAGCCUACCUUGUUAGACACGCUUCUUGGAGAGUUCUUUAUCUCUGCACAUCCGUUCCAGCAGCCAUCCACAGUGUUUGCAUCUACUUCUUGGCCCUAGAGUCUCCUCGCUGGCUUCAUGUGCAAGGAAAGAACCAAGAAGCCAUUGAAGUGCUCCAAAGACUUUCACCUGUGAACAGAGAUUAUUUGGAAUCAGUAUCUUCUAGGUUACAUUCAAAAGAACAAUCACCAAGCAGCUCCAUCAAGGACAUGUUCAUCAGAAAAUGGGCUUUUCGAAGAAUAGUGGUUGUUAUGAUCAUAAUGUUUGGGUUAGGAAUGAUGUACUAUGGAGUUCCCUUAGCGGUUAGAGACAUAAAAGUGAACAUCUAUCUAAGUGAAGCACUUAACGCAAUGGUGGAGCUACCAACCUUUGUUAUCACACCAAUCUUGCUAGAGAAAUUUAACAGAAGAAGUUCUGUUCUUGUGAACUGCUUACUAGGAGGAGCAUUAGGAGUCCUCUGUUUCGUCAUGACCACUUUCGAGCGAACAAACAUUGCUUUUGCUCUAGAACUAGGCUCUUUCUUCUGUGCGAGGAUCGGGUUUAACUUGAUGGCUGUUUAUAUGAUUGAGAUGUUCCCAACAUGCGUGAGGAACUUCGCGACAACAAUGCUUAGACAAUCACUUGUACUUGGAGGAGCUAGUUGUCCAAUCAUUGCUUCUGUUGGAAGAAAUGUGCCUUCCAUCUCCUUUGCGGUUUUCGGGUUGGUAGUGUCGGGUCUCGGGUUAUUCGCUUUGCUUCUUCCUGAGACUAAAGGUUCAAGUCUUUGUGAUACAAUGGAAGCACAAGAGCAGAGUGACCAAGCCUUGAAGACUAGCCCUAGUUGCUGAACAUUAAGCUUCAUCAAAAUCUAUUUUUUUCUUUACUGAAUAAUAUUGUAAGGGGUCUGAACCGUUUGAUACUCAGUGUGUUUCAUAUGUGAAUGUAAUAUCUUCAUAAACCUACAGAAGUCUGCUGAA